AUGUCACAAUAUAAUUUGGAUGAUUCGGAAGAUCAUAACUCAAAUCAUAUAUUUCAAAACUCUGAAAAUCAUAUUGAUAAACUUAUUGAAAUUGACAAUUUAAAUGCAAUGGAACUAUUAACACCAAGUGAUGUACUUGAAAGUAUACAAAUGUAUGAUUCAACAGUUGAAAUUGUUGGCUAUGUUGAUAACAUCGAAUCUCCACGUUGCGUGGGCUCGCAACAACAAUAUAAGUUCUUCAAAUUUUAUUUAAAUAACGGAAAAGGAAAAAGGGUUCAAAUUGUUGCCUGGAAUGAUGACAUUGAUUUUGUGGAACAUCAUAUAAAAGUAAACACUAUUAUUCAUUUGGAUGGUACUCAGGCACGUCCACCAAAAAUACCUCAAUUCAACAAUGGUAAUAUGCCGUAUGAGCUAUUAAUAAAAUCAAAUACAAUAAUUUCAAAUCUUGGAAAAUUUGAACCAAUGGAAAUAGUAGAUACCACACCUGAGACAAUUGAAUUAUCUGAUGUAUUAAUGCUACAAAAAAUCGCAUUAGUAAUAAACUGUAACGAUGCACCCCGAAAUGCAUCGUUUCCCGGCAAACAUCAGCCGGAAGCUGCCGCCCGACGACCACCGGUCGGGCAGAGGCAGAGGGCUGUGUGCCCACUUUUUGAAACUUAG